GAGUUGAAUAGAAAAAAGGGCUGCUGAUGGGUUUGUUUUUGUGGGUUGUGCGGAGCCCGAGUAUUUUUUUGGCUCUGGAGAUAGGGAAUUGAAUUGAAUUGAUUGCUAUGUAAGGUUGAGGAGGAAGAAAAAUAUAGUUUUUUUUUCAGUUUUUGUGAUUUAUCUGCACGGGAGAAUUAGGUCAAUGUCGGGCUCGGGAAUCGAGGUUCAGAUGGCUCUUGUGUUAUUCUGUCUGUGUGUGCUCUGAGAAAGAGACCUUUCCUCGUUUGCCCACAAAUUCCCAUCUCAUGAGGAGGCAUGUUGUGUUAAAUUCUGAAUAGCUAGCAGUACUAGUGUUGUUGUUGGUAUUGUUAUUAUUAUUAUAUGGUUUCUGCAUUUGGAGGACUGCGUGGGAUUCUCUGGUCAGAGAGACAACGAUAUCUCAGUCUCUCUGUGUUUUUGUGCUUGCCCAAAUUCCCACCAGCCUAGCCGCCCUUUUUCUCUUUCCGAUUCCCAGGAAGUGGGCACCAAAUAAAGAGUUUUGUUGGCACGGUCACAUGGGUGAUUUCGACCAUUCCCUGGAGCACACGCUGGCGGUGACUGUGUAAUAAAACCUGCAAUAAUAUACAUUUUGUUGGGUUGCCUCCCAUUAGGUAUGACCAUGAGCGUCCGUGUGUUCUUAUUUACAGCAGCGCUAAUGGCGCCUGUGAUGAUUGGGAGGUCUCGAGUUCGAAUCCCGGGGAUGGCUCGGUUAUGGAUUGAGUGAGUCACGGUCAGGUUCUGUUUUGAAAUGGGAUCGGAUGAUGACAGAUGUGUUGAACCCAGAGAUCUGGAACUGAAACGGGUGUGAGUGGUUUGUUGAACUGAAUGACGUUGUGAAACAAGAAAUUGGGAGCAGCACAGACGAGUUCUUUAGAAAUCGUUACGAUUUUCAUGUCACAACAGACGAGAAGGUUUUCUGCAGAGGCAGGCGUAGUGGCCGAGAUGCCCGGCGUGUAUACCGCAGGCCCACAGAUGUUCAACGAGAUUUUCAAUUUCCCAACAGGGGUAGAAUUGCUUGGCGUCCCUGCUGUUAAGGAAGAUGGCGUCGCGAGUUCGAAACUCAACUCGAACAACAGCAACUGGAGAGGGGUUUCCAAUGGCCAUCAACAACAGUAUGAUUACUCAUACGGAUCAUUCAGUAAUGCUCAGAAAGAGGGAAAUUUAAAUAUGCAGGGCCUGGAUGCCAUGCAGUUGUACCCAGCAAAUGGAGGAGAGUAUUCCGGGCCUGCAAUUUCAUUCAAUUCCAACAGUGCUAUAGAUCGUCAUCAGAGCUCAGAGAUCAAUUCGAUGCAAUUUCAAAUUCCUGGCUUUGCCCAAUCCAUGGCGAACCAGGGCAUUUGUACCAUAGAGCAGGUGCCUUCUAGUGUAUCUUGGCAGAGCGGUGCGGGACUAAAUGAGCUUUUGCUUCUUCCAACUGGUAAUAAUGCCCAUGGAACCAGUUUGCUGAACAAUAAUAACCACCAAUUUGCGGCGCCGCAACAGCUCAAUAAUUCAGCAAAUUGGGGAAACAAUUCUGUACAGACUUCUUCUUCGCAGUGGUGUGAACAAUCUCCCAUGGAGACCAAACUUGGCGAAGGUUUUAGAAGGCGGGAUGACCGAUCUGUUCAAGGGCUUUCUUUAUCUUUGUCCUCGAAUUCGCAAGUUCAAGUUCAGCCAUUCGAUACCAACAGAUUAAUUCCUUCCCAUGACCUGGUUAAUCGGUUGCAAGCGAAUCCAGAUGUGAAGAACAAAUCGAUGGACGUUUUGAACGCUUCUAAAGUUGGGCUUUUCUCGCCUUUGUCGAGAUCAGAGGGGCUUUUGUCAGGGAAGGGAUAUUGGAAUCCUAAUUCGGGCUCCUCUGGGCAAUUUACCGGGUAUUUGAAGCACUCAAAGUAUAUGAAACCCACUCAGCAGUUGCUGGAUGAGUUCUGUAAUGUUGCAGGAAAAGGGGUGAAGGGGAAAGUUCCCAAACAGAACAAUCCGAAACCAGAGCGUGAAAGUUACAAUAUUAGUCGCUCAAUUGCUCAGAUGGGCCAGAAAGUUGAGCCUUCUGUUUCAAGGAGCGUUACUUCGACCGUGGCGGGAAGUGGAAUUAUAUCCAACGAUUCAAUGAAUGGCAAUCUCAUGAAUAAGGAUGGACCAAGUUUUUCAGGGGAUAGAUUUGAGCUCCGCAGGCGAAAAGCAAAGCUUCUGUGGAUGCUAGAUGAGGUAGAAAGGCGAUAUCGGCACUAUUGCGAUCAGAUGAAGAUGGUUGUUACCUCUUUCGAAUCUGCAGCAGGUGUGGGAGCCGCAACAACAUAUACUUAUCUUGCAGCCAAAGCCAUGUCCAGGCAUUUCAAGUGCUUAAAAGACGCAAUACUGGGGCAGAUAAGAUCAACAAACGAGCUUCUAGGUGAGAAAGAAUCAAGCGUUCCAGGCAUAACAAAGGGAGAAACACCACGACUGAAACUUAUAGAACAGAGCCUUCGACAACAGCGUACUUUUCACCAGGUUGGAAUGCUGGAACAGGACGCGUGGCGGCCGCAAAGAGGACUUCCCGAAAGAGCUGUUACAGUACUUCGUGCAUGGCUUUUCGAGCAUUUUCUCCAUCCGUACCCUUCUGAUGCUGAUAAGCAUUUGCUGGCUAGACAGACUGGGCUCUCCAGAAGCCAGGUUUCCAACUGGUUUAUAAACGCCAGGGUCCGGCUAUGGAAGCCAAUGGUAGAAGAGAUGUACCAGGAGGAAGCCAGGGAAGCUGAAAUGAAGGACCAAGAAACAAAUUCUAACCCAAAUAACCAUGGAAAGAACGAAGUGGGUGCCAUUGAAUCUAACAAAUCUUCAAAAGAAUUCAAGCAUGAUAUGCCCUUGGCCACACAUGAGACCUCUGGUGGAGGUAUAAGCUUAACCAUAGAAUCUCAAGAUGAAAUAUUUGAUUGCAGCACCUUGAGAGCAAGUGUACGCAAAGGAGAAGGAGGAGCAUCCAUGAUGGGUACAGUGGAGAGCAAGAAUACUAUAGAAAUUCAUGACCACCAACAAAACAACAAUGGAAGCAACAAGAUCGAUGGAGGCAAUUCUGGGGCAAUGGAUUUCUCUAACUACAACGCCAAUGGCAGCAGCACCAGUGGUAAUCUUUUUCACCAGCAAACCAUGAAUUCUACUUACUUUGGAAGUGGGGAUGUUUCACUCACUCUUGGACUACGUCACAGUGGUGCUCUUUCAGUAUCAGUAGCUGAUCAGGAAAAGUAUCACAAUGCUUUGUAUCUCCCAUGAUAAAAUCUUUGAUUUGAUCCAGUUAGUGAUAAUGAAUUUCAUGCCCAGUUUGAUCCAGUUAGAGAUCCUGCAUAUUCAAACUAACACUAGGUAAUGUAAUAUAUAUAUAUAGAUAUAUAAAUCUAUGGAACAAAUCCCUCACACAGUACCCAAAUAGAUGAUCUGAUUUGUCUAGCAGAGAUGGCAAGCUGUACCCAUUGAAUUGUUUUUCAUUCUGAGAUCGCAAAAUUUCUAAUGCCUCUUCUGCCAAACUAUUUAAGCCUAUACAGAAGAACCUUACAGAUUAUUAUACAUACAAGUCUCGCUAAUGUAAGUUAUUUUUUAA